GCCAUCGCAGCGUCUGGGGUCUGGGCGUCUGCUUCGCGAGUUGAAGGGUGACAAGCGAGCCGACCUGACGUGCGAAAUUUUGCCUUUCAUUAAGCACUUAGACUUUUUGCGAAAGUGACAUAGCUCCUAACAGGUCAUGUCUGGAACGAUUUGCGUUAUUGUCUUGCUGACGGCGCUGCUGGGAAAUGUAGCAUGCGCUCAACCGGACAAGACGAUUACCCACAAGGUGACCUUUGACAUCGCCAUCGGGGAUAAAGACGUCGGUCGCGUCGUCAUCGGCCUGUACGGGAAAGUGGCCCCAAAGACUGUGCGCAAUUUCGUCGCUUUCGCCGGAGAAGGCUACGAGGGCUUGAAGUACGAGGGCAUCGGCUUCCACAGGGUCAUCAAGGACUUUAUGAUUCAAGGCGGCGACGUGCAGAAGCAGGAAGGUCGUGGCUCUAUCAGCAUCUACGGCCGCUACUUCGACGACGAAACCUUCGCCCUGAAGCACGAGGGACCUGGCACGCUCAGCAUGGCCAACGCCGGAAAGAACACGAACGGCGCACAGUUCUUCAUCACGACCGUAGCCACCUCGUGGCUGGACGGCCACCAUGUGGUCUUUGGCAAGGUGAUCGACGGCAUGGACGUGAUUCGCAAGGUGGAGAACACGAAGACCGACCGUAACGACGUGCCUGUCGAACCGGUCAUCAUCAAGAGAUCCUCGGUCGAGACCCUGGUGUCCAUUUGAACUGUAUAGGGCCUGCGUGCCAUGCCAUGCCGUCCGUCGCAGCCCAAUUGGCAGUAGGUGCCUGCUGUCCAUUUUCGGGCUUUAAUAACGUUCGCAAAGACUGCGUUUAUUUCCGUGAUCGCGGAACUUGUCACCGCGGCGACCAACUGGCUCGAUACUCGGCUUCUAGCAUGCCCCCCCCCCCUCAUAUUUUUUUUUUCUUUAGCCGUUUCCUAAUUCUGGAGGAUGAAUUGCCUUAGUAUGCUGAUAAACGAAACCAACGCAGCUGCUUGGAAAUGCGACAGCCUUAUUGACCUUCCUCUGCAGUGAGCGAUAGCGAGUUUUUCCUUCAGUCGGUGAGGUUAUCAGAACAACUUCACGACUGCCCUCUCUCACUCUCUAUUCUUUUUUCGCUUCCGCAUCGAAAACGUAAUUGAAACCGUCACGUUUAUAUUGCAAGCAACAUUCCGUUCACCAGAGUGUGCUCGCAUAUGUGAUCGUGCUAGAACAAUCGCUGUCGAUGCGCUUGGUGUAUCCUAGCGCCUGUGCAUGUCACUUUUAUGUGUUCGGCAGCGACCGUCCUCAACUAUCAUCAUAAAUUUAUCAUAUAAAUGACAUAUAUUUAUUUAUUUCUCAUAGAAAUAAAUAUAUCAGAAACACAACAAAGCCGAAGGAACGACGUAUUAUCCCCUCCAACAAAGUGUAGGUUCUCUUCAUUCUUGUGCGCCACCCGUUUCCCACGUGGCUCUGCUUGCCGAAUGCACGACAUGGCAGCUAGUGUAGGCUUCGCGCGUUGUACUGUUGGAAAACAUGGCAGCUGUGUCGUCUCUUGGCACAGGGUAAGUUUGCAGGGUAUAGAGGUGUCGUAUAGCGGCCUACAGAGCCGUGAGACUUCUCAGAGCGACAUUUCACGAUGGCGCGCACUUUCUUUACUGGACUACUCUCUGGACCACUUUAAGCGAGCGUAAUGUAAGCGACGUUGGACCAAACAGUUCUUGCGAAACUUUUGGGGCGGAGAUUUAGGACGGCGAUGUGCAAUUUCAAGAGUCUUUUCAGUGAACCUACGUCAUCAUCCCUGUCCAGUACAAAUACUCACUUCAAAUAGUCUCGAACCAAGAAGUACUGGAUCCGCAAGAGCUUCGAACAACACGCCCAAAUGUGUCAAUGUUUACACUAGCCUCAACCUGCCAAAUUUUUGUCAUAUUUUAUACCUGCUUAUACAACCUUUCUAUAUAAUGCUCUAUUUUCUGUACCUUCAAAAUAAAUUGUUGCAAAUCA